AUGGUGUGGCUGCAGCGCUUCCUUCCUGCAGCUGACCGCUCCACUUCGACCAGCAAGCCAUUGCAGAAUGGGACGUGGCAAGGAUGCGGGCCGGCUGCAGGUCUUUCUUCGCCUUCAACCCCACAGGUCGUACCACCUGCUGCCUUCGCAGGUGUGUGGAGGCAGGGAAGUUUCUCUGCUGAUCCAUCUGUUCCAGUACGCCGUGCAUCGGAAGUCAACGAGCGCAGCCCCCCGGAAGCAGCGGCAUUUUCUGCUUGCAGGCCUGCCCUGGCCCACCAGCAGAGAAGAACGGAAGCUGGGUUUUUGCCGAAGACCGGCACCAGCGCUUGGGUUCCUCGACUGGUUCCUCGGGUGCCAGAGUCUCCGCCGAAGGCGGCCCCUCGUCGGCGCUUGAGGCAUCAUUCAGAGACGCCCGCUGAGGAUCUGUCCGUGGUUGCCUUGCCAAUAUGGUUAGGCAGUUCAAGCCAGGAGAUCGUUCUGCUCAAGGACAUAAAGAGCAUAGUUCCGGAAGACCUUCAUCAACACGAUGAUGUUAUUGCGAUAGAGGAGGCAGAAUCAGAUGCGUCGUUCUGUGCCGCUUACCGGCGAUUUGUUGAUGCUGCAGAGCAUCUGGAACAGGCGAUCUGUGUUCGACAGCAGCUUCUGGGAGACGACCACGAAGAACUCUUGGUCUCGAUUGAAAAGUACGUUGUCUCAUGCAACGCUUGGGGCGUGCAGUGCUUGAGCGCAGGCAACUACAUAGCUGCCCUCGAGCUUUUCAAGAAGGCCGAGGCCAUGACAGAAGCUGACAAUGUGCCCAACUUCAAGCGUCGAGUGGUCCUUCGUGCCGUGACCUUCAACAACCUUUGUUGUUAUUACCGCACACGAGGGAAGUUGAAUGCCGCCCUCCAGUUUGCUGAGAAGGCAUUGAAAAUUGAAGAGAAGUACAAAGAAGCCGACAGUCCGGCCCGCAGCUACCUGAACUAUGGAGUUCUUCUUAGCAACAGCGGCCGACAUGGCGAAGCUCUAGAGCGUGUGGAGAGAGCUGUCGCAGUUCUCCUUGAUCAGCACCGGCAUGAGGAAGCUGAGGCGACUCAGAAGCCGGAACCCACAGAGAUUUCUCAAUUGCUGGUAGUUGCUCACUACAACAUGUUUGUGGAGCAUCUGCAUCUGAAGCAAUUUGCGAGCAGCCUUCAAUGUCUGCAGCGUGCUGUCUCCGUCGCCCAGAACAAACUGGGAACGUCUCACACGCUGACGACAAAGAUGCAGGAAGUGCACGCCGAGGCUCAAGCAAGGCUUGAGCGCAAGGCUUCGGCAGAAUGCUUUCGCACGACGGCCGCAGCUGUGGAGUCGUCCCCCGUGUUCUUUCACUACCAGGACGGACAUUGUCAUCCCUGGCAAAAGGUUCACCUCUCGCAAGCUGACGCUGCACGCGCGCAGGAGAUCUUGGCGGAUCAGAAGCAGAUUACGCUUCGCCGCCUUAGGCCCCCGGAUCCAAGGCCUCCAGAGAAGCCGCGGAUUAGGAGCCGCAGGCCGAAGCAGACCAGCAGGCUGCCGGCCAUUGGGGUGGAGGUCACGGGCCGCUUCUGGGAGUCUCAUCCAAAGCUGUUGGACACGGAGGGAUACGCUGGCUCGCCCAUUCUGACACAGCAGGCGCAUGGCGCGCAGCCGAUGGUCGAAGUCCUCGCACUGAAGCAGCUAGCUGGAACCAGUCCACGCGGCGGACGAGGUGGUGCCGAGAGAGAAAUGUCGCCUGCAGAUGAUGCCAAGGCCGCCACACAGCCACUUCUCGGACCGGGACGGCCUCAGAUCGUUCCUGCUCCGCCGGGAGCCCCGCCAGAGGUGGUUGCUUCGUGGGAGUAUCAUCAUCGCAGGCUGCAGAUGCUUGACGAGGGUAACGGCCUGACAGCGUUGGAGCUCGGAUCUGAGCCUCAUCGGAUGCGGGCCAUAACUGUUCUGCGCGAUAGGCUCGACAAACGCAGGGAGAAGGGCCUUCCUGCACCGACGGACUACAGGUUUUGGAAGCAACAGGGGCGACCGAACUGGAGCAGAUCUUCGGGCAGAGCUUUGGCACUCUUGCUGCUUACUUUACUUCCGUUGGCAGGGGAGGACCUCCGUGUGCUCGCACUAAGAGCCACAAAGCAGAUGGCGAUUCCUUUGUAUUCGCGGGUGCACCAGCUGCAGUUCGUGGCACCAUUGAACUUCUCGGAGGAUCUGGCAGAGAUCCAGCCAUCUUGCUUGAACAGCUCUUCAGAUAUCAGGCGACGCUCCUCCCUUGCGUCCCUGAAAAGAACGCACACUCCAGCGACAGAGACGGACGAGCAAGAAACCUAUCCGGAUGCGCUUCGGGACAAGGUUCUGAUGGCUUUGAAGGUGUUGCACUGUAAUGGUGUCAGAUUGCCUUUGCAUAUUAGAGUCUUCGAAUCACCUGGAAGCAACUUCCGCAUGAGGGGGUACUUCUACGUACGUUCGAAAGAUGGCAGCAUUGAGUAUCACCGCGGAGGCUCGGCGCCUUAUCGUCAUCGGCAGCACAUCAGCAUGAAUCAGGCCAUGGCCCAAAUUCAGCAAUUUCUGCCAGAGUUUGGCUUGUGUCACGGCAUUGAAGAGGCUCUCUUUCAUGUUUCCUCGAAGCGCGACGUGCUGGUAAUGCUGGGAUAUGAUAAGAUCCUACCUUCAUCCUGGGCAUCCAAAGCCAGGGCGCUGCAUCGGCGGUUUGGCUUCCACGUUGUUGGCUCCAUUAUUGGUAGAUCCUGGUGGGCCCGGCGACAGGGCAGAAUUUCUGUGCUGCGAGACCACCUCCUGGAACAGUUCGAUAUUCAGGGCACCAGGUUGCUGUACCGCCAGGUCUGCUUCUGCUUCUUUUGCUUUGAGGUCAUUGGGUUCUUUUCUCAGCCAAACUAUGCUGUUGCACAUCGAAUGCUUGAAUGGGCUGUCAACAGUACUCGCAUCCUGAACGCGUCGCAUGACCUCAUGGAGCUGUACUGCGGGAGUCUUGCUUGCAUCGGUUGGAAGGCAAUGCUGUGA